AUGGCUGCCGAAAUCGUGUCGGUGGAUGCGCGCAACAAAUUGGAGGAUUUGUCCGGCAUCGUCAUCCGGCCAGGCGAGAACCCAUACGACGUCUUUAUCAAGGCAUGCAACGAUGACCAUGCCGAAAUUCAGGCUCUCUAUCAGACUCAUCGUGUAAAACGCAACGCCCAGCAAAGAGAAAAGUUUCUCUCUCCAGAUUUUAAAGAGCUCGUCAUUGACCAGCAUCUUUUGCGCCUGGCGGACCCUUCCAUUCAGCCCGGCUUCAAAGAUGAGCGCAACUGUCUCGUCUUCUGGGCCCGGCCUCCCGAGCAUGUCAUUCUGCUCGCCGCAAAGGUCCAGCAGCUGCUUCAGCAAACGGCACCAGAUAUUUGGCUCAUGCCCGUCUACAGAAUGCACAUGACGACCCUCGAGGUCGCCUUUUGCAAGACGCCCGAGGAAAUCGCCGCCCUCACCUCUGCCAUCCGGCCCGCCAUCCCCUCCAUCGUGUCCCACACGCACCGCCACCGCGCCCGCCUCGUCAAACCCUUCUUGUCCUAUGACCUCUCCGCGUUUGCCCUCUCUUUUCUACCUGCUGCUGGCGAAGAGGUGCUGGCGCACCCCCCGCCCCCCGCCGCAGAUCUUCCCCCGGAGAGCGUCACGUCCGGGGACGACUACACGUACCACCACCUCCGCCGGGACGUCUUUGACAAGGUGCAGGCCGCGGGCGUCGAGGUAGGCUCGCGGUACCAGGUGCCCAGCGCGCACAUCACCCUGGGCCGCUACCUGACCGAGGCCGACCACGACACGCCGGCGAAGCGGCAACGGUGGAUCGAGGCCAUCGAUGAGGUCAACAGGUGGCUGGAGGAGAAGGUUUGGGACAAGCAUGACGCAGCGUUUACGGGGGAGUGGAUUGUUGGCCAGGAACGCGGACUAGACGCCCGCAGCGGCACAUUGUGGUAUGGCGGCGGGAGAACCAUUCAGCUGGGUGAGGGCUUCUAG